AUGCCAAAAUAUGUCGGCUCCCGAGUGAGUUGCAGCGCCCGAGCUGAUGUAGACGUGACCAAAAAGGAAUGUUCUAUGGCUCCUGAGUUCUCUGGUCAUCAAGGUGGUGUUGUAUCGCGACUUAUGCUAAUGAAAGACCGACUUCAGAUGAUGUCAAAUCUUUCACAUUUGAAGACAGGAGUACGCCAAAUUUCAGAAUUAAGCAAGCCUGUCUUCACUUUGGCUGGCACUGUGGUGCAAUCAACCUCAAACCUUGUUGCAACAACACGCUCAUUUUUCCGCUCUGCACAAGCGGUGAUCGCACUACUUGCUAGCCUUUUAAAAUUGAUAAUCUUGAUGGUGCUUUUCAAGGCUAAUGCAUACAUAACUGGAUAUUUGCAUGACUCAGAUUUCGACAAUAUAUACGUUGAUGACUAUUUUGAGCAGCUUGAUUGGCGUCGCGUACGCCAAGGACGCGAAGGUCUUCUGCCACUGCAUAGAGUGGAAAAUAAAAGAUUCAUAUGGCAUACAAAACGUUACACCAAGUCAGAAUUUAAGAAAGCAUGCAUGGCUCUACUUAAGGCAAGCCUACUUGUCACUUCUGUUAUGCUUAUCUUAAUGGGCAACAAGUAUAUCUACGACCUAAUGAUUAUUCUGGAUAAAUCGGCCGAUAUUAGUGUCAACUUAGAGACCGGAACCUCGCAGCAAAGGGAGUUAACUUCACCUAAAACCUCAGGAGAUGGGCUAUUGGUCAAAUUAUUUACUAACAUCAUAAGCAAAGUAAUGCGCCUAUCUCAAGUGCGACUUGACUACGGCCUAUCCAGCUGCCGCCCAAGGACACAUAGGCUGCCUCCAGAAGUAGUUUUUCGAAUUAUGCUGCUCUCACUCGUCAUUCUCAUUCUGGGAGGAAUUUCUGGCUAUUUGCUUCGAUUACGGCAUCAUAUUUUAGACUUUUUCUAUCCUGCAAGGUUUCGACGACGCACUCUUUACCUGUAUAAUGCUAUGCUUGUAGAUAGAAAGCGUCGCGAGACGGUUGCCAAAAACGUGCUUUUACAACGUAUUCGGCAGAAUUUGCUUCAAGCUGUAGUGGUUGAUCAGUUUGUCAGGAAGAAAAAACUAAUUGAAUCCCAGAUGACCAGCAUGAUCAAAGUGAAGCAGACAAAAUGGAUCAAGAAGUGGCUACUCAAUAGGAAAAGCUUAAAAUGCCUUGUCUGCCAAGAGACCUUCCCUGUUGGUAGUAAUUUACUUCGUGUGUGUCCAGUGGACGGUUCUGUCAUCUGCAAAGUCUGUCAGCGUAACUUGCUACUUAGUGACGACACUUCUGACUGUAUUUCAUGUGCUGACCAAGAUCUAAGCAAAAUGAUUGCUCUUGCUAGAAAACUGGAACCAGAAUAUCAUGAUGAAGAUAAAGAUAACUUAAAUUUUAGAAAAAAAGAAGUAAAACAAAAACAUUAA